AGCAAGCAGUGCGGAAAUCUGAGCGGAGACAUCUCCAUGCCCCACACAGUACGCAAAUCGGCGAACCCACGACUGGAGCUCAAGACCCUUCUCCAACAACAGGAAGUCGUGCCCACAGUCAAGUUCCCAGCUCCUUUGCUGGGAAGUCUUGAUACCACUCCUCACCACCAAAUGGAGAGCUAUUUUCUCUUCCACAUAUAUGCCGACGCCGCCAGCCACCUCUCUGCUUGCCAUAAAUCGGAGGAUUUGAUCACUCUCAACCGCUCUGGGCUUUAUCAAAGCCCGACUGUCGACUGAUCCGAAGCCCAGUUCGUUCAGCCUUAUCCGCAAAUUCGAAACGUGCGCGAUGUCACGCAAACCAGAAUCUGCUCCGGCAUCCGCAGCGGCGAAUGAUUCGGGCGUUCAACCGCCGCCAGAGAAUGAUUCUGCGUCGCUGCUGAGCUUGUCCCCGCUGGACGACGCCCUCCUUGAUACCCCGAUGCUUGGUCCGACGACCCCGAAGAGCCCAAGACUAUCGAGGAAUCCUUCCUUCUCUGGGAGCAGCUCGUAUCAAGAGGACUGGGACGCGUUGCCGCCAUUGGACAGACUCACUGUGCUCGACUUAUUGGAUAACUUUGCCCUGCCACAGCAGCUGGAGAAGCUGCAACGAAACUUCUCGGCUCAAACAGACAAGGUCCGGAGGUCCAAAGAUGCCCUGAAAUCCAAAACACAAGUAGCUCGGGAGCGUCUUGUGGACGAAUGGCGACAACGUUUGCCGUCUGCGGAUGAGCAGCUGGACCGGUACAGAAAGCGUAUGAGGCGACGCGUCGAGAACCUUGGGAAACAAUGGAACGACACGAAGGCCAUUAGUUUGCGCGAGAAGAUUUCGUUCAUUUGUGGCGUUAUGAACAUCUUCAUCAGCGGAUAUCUGAUCGGCGCGUAUCCUGAGUACUUCCACAUCUGGUACACUGUCCAGCUCAUGUACUUCAUGCCCAUUCGGUUCUUUACCUAUCGCCGCCGCGGUCUGCAUUAUUUUCUGGCUGAUCUAUGCUACUUCACGAACCUUCUUGUUGCGCUGAGUCUCUGGGUCUUCCCGAACUCGAAACGACUCUUCACCUCGGCGUAUUGCUUGGCCUUCGGGAACAAUGCUGUGGCAAUCAUCAUGUGGCGCAAUUCCCUCGUAUUUCACAGCUUCGACAAGGUCACCUCAUUGUUCAUCCACAUCAUGCCUUGUGCGACUCUGCAUUGUGUCGUCCACUUGCUUGAUCCUGAAUGGCAGAUGGAACGGUUCCCAGCUAUAUGGGCAAUCAAAAAUGCUGAUCCGGGAUCGCCGUCAGCGUACGCUAAUGUGUUCUCGAUGCUUGCUUGGAGCACGCCGCCUUAUGCCUUCUGGCAGAUCUCCUACUACUUCUUCAUCACGGUAAGACGCAGGGAGAAGAUUGCAGCGGGUCGACCCACGUCCUUCACAUGGCUGCGUCGCUCGUACUCCAAGACUUUGAUUGGCAAGCUCGUGCUGUCUCUUCCAGAUAGCCUGCAAGAGACUGCUUUCAUGCUUAUUCAGUACGCAUAUGCCUGUCUCACGAUGGUCCCUUGUCCUUUGUGGUUUCUGAGUCGAUGGGCUUCCGCUGGGUUUCUCAUGGUGAUUUUCUCAUGGAGCAUCUACAACGGGUCAACAUACUACAUCGAUGUAUUCGGCAAGCGUUUCCAAAAGGAGCUCGAAAGUAUGAAACAAGAAGUCCUGAAAUGGCAAAGUCUGGCGGACGCUGGGCUACAAUCACCUCCCAUGGGUCCUCAAACGGAACCCGCCACGCCCGCCGCCGAAAAGUCGGAUCAGCUACUUGGCUUUGGGGCUUCAGCAGCGUCGCUCAAUAGCGACAGACAGAAAGCAAGUGCACAGCAGCUCACCGAGGGCAUCGACAGCACUUUUGUGCCAAGCAUCAACUCCGCCAAGAUUCCGCUGCUGGAUGAGGACGUUAAGGGGUCGUCCGGUGUUGACGCAGGCAAUUCAGACUCUGUCCACGAGCGGAAGAGCACAUCUGCCCGGCCGUAAGGCACUCAGACAGGGUUUCGCUUGUUAUGUGCGGUUGUAUUAUCUUCCGGCCUCUGCUGCCUACAUGGUAGUGAAUCUGAUUGUCGGUGCACCACUGUUGAACAUGGCACCGGGAUUCGUAUAUGAUGGGCGCACCAGGCUGGAUAGCGGUCUAUUUCACCAAAAGCGUGUAAUUAGAAGGCCGGGCCCAUACAUGGGCGAUGGAAUCUAGCGAUGUUUCAUGCUUUUCGGACGAUAAUAAUGACAAGUGCCGGGCUAUUUAUUGAGAGCUGAAGCUCGUGUACUC